UUUUCCUUCCCCAACGUUGAUCUUUGAUUCACUCGUCUGCUGUCCUCGCCAGCCAUGUGGUCUUCGCCUGGGUCUGAUGCGGAAGCUGCGCCGCUGUUGCGUUCUGUGCAUGGACAAGGCAACAACAACAACAACAGCAGCAGCAAUCCCAAUGCGAGUGCUGGAAGUGGCGCGAGUCGUGGCGGAGCAGCUAGUUUGCAGCAGCAGCAGCACCAGCACCAGCAUCAGUCCACUGCCACUGGUGCCACCCCUGUGACAUCCGCGUCCAUUGCUGCUGCUGCUGGUGGUGGAGCAGCUGCUGCUGGUGGCGGUGGUGCGCACGCGAUCGACAGCGACGGCGGCGGGCUGUACUCGCUCACUGGGCUCGCUGGCAACAAGGACCGCUUCGACCGCAGCUACAGCAGACACAUCAACUACGACUUGCCCGAGUCAUCCAAGAGCGCGUCAUCAACAGCAUCAAGGCGCGGACUGUCCUUCCCGCACCUCCACAUUCGCCCGUUUGGCGACAAGGACAAGUCGACCGCCAGCUUCGGCAAGGACAAGGAUCGCGCCACGAGCGCAGCCAUUGUCGAUCGCGACGGGUCGCUCAUCUCGCCGACGCCGAGGUACGCGAACGUUGUGCACCGGAUCCAACCGGCCGCGUCGAGCCAUGGCAGCGCAUACCCCACCUCAAGCAUCAAUAGCAGCAUCAAUGCCAAUGCUGCGGCCGCAUCUGGCCUGCCGGUGCAGCCCACCGUCGCCCUGUCCGACAUGCAUCACAGUCGCAAGCUGAGCUCGUCGCCGCCAGUCACCCGCUCAAUCAACCCAAACCUGGGCCAAGAGUUUGCAUCGCAGUGGACAAUCGGCACUCCGCCCGUCGGCGAGCCGGCCUUUUUGUUUGGAAAUGCUUUCUCGACCAACCAUCAACAACAACCACAGUCGCAGCCCUCGGCCUUCUCGUCCAACUUUCUACCAUCCCGGCCCGCCUCUCCUGUCUCCACGGGAUCUGGCAUGGUUGCCUCUAGCUCGCACGUUGUUCUGGCCAACUCUGUGGCGGGCUCGACCCUCGCACAGGCCGCCGUUUCGGCUGCAGUUGCUGCCGCAGCGCGCAAAGAGAAGAAUUACAACCGCUUUGUUGCCCUUCCGGACAUUAAAAAGCCCGAGGAAAUGGCACAGGCGCCAACAGUUCCCGUCCAACCCGUGCUCGAAGACGAGGUGGCCGUCAUCAAGACGCAGGCGACUUCCUCUCACCCUUCCACUAUUCUCGGAGCUCGAGCUCGAAUUUCUGUUUACUGCACAGCAGGUGCCUACCACACCAAAAAGUUACGCACUUAUCUUAGCGAAAAGUACCGCGACACGCCGCAUGACGGCGUCUUACCACUGUGGUACCACGAAGCCAUGUACGCUCGGUACCUCGACGCUCGAGGCCGACCGAACGACUGCCUCGGCGACAUUAUCUAUUUUGAUUAUGGUGUUGUGAUUAUGUGGGGCUUGUCACGAACCCAAGAGGCGGAUGUGCUGACCGAACUGUCCAACUUUGAGGCCACACCCCUGGAUGCGUUCGAAGUGCAGGUCGACCAAUUCGAGCUUCGCUACAGUCCCGAGGAGCAGCCCCGUAUCCACAACGAUAUCAUCACAAUCAACAACCUCGAAGAUCAUCACUGCAAAUUGGCCAUUUCUCACGCGCUGUCGCAAAGCACCAAGCUUUGCGUGUUUGAGGAGCGUAUCGAACAGACGAUUGAAUCGAGCAAACACAUUCCUGGGGAUCUUGCCCUCACGGGGCAAGUGCAGCUCUCGCGCCUGGCCAUCUCCAAGAAGAUUGGCUUUAUUUUCAUGCAGAAGAGCGCCGUCAAUCUGCUCACGGAUGUACUAGACACGCCAGAGUACUUUUGGUCUGCCCCGGAUCAUCUCCAAGGCGUGUACAAGGCCGUGCGCCAAUACAUGGAGAUUUCAGCUCGUGUAGAGGUUUUGAAUACCCGACUCAUGGUGUUGCAGGACAUGCUCGAAAUGCUCAAAGACCAGCAGGAUCAGUUCCACUCGACGCGUCUCGAGUAUAUUGUCAUCAUUUUGAUUUCCGUUGAAGUUCUUAUUGGUAUUGUGAGCGUUGCUGUGGAUUUGUUCAAGGUGGUGUAA